GCAGAGCCGGAGUGGGAGUUGGUCCUUGCCCUUCCCCGGCCCGGCCCGGCCCGGCCCGCGCGGCGGGGCAGCGCUGUGCGGCCGCUGCGGGGCUGCAGCCGGGCGGCAUGGACACGUGGCGGGGCGCGGGCGGCGGCUGAUCGCCCCGCGCCCUCCAGCUGGCGGCGGGGAUGAGCGGCGGCGGCCGCGAGCGGGGGGCGCCGCCGGCCCGGCAGCCCUGGGCGGGGGCGGCGGAUGCCGGGGGGCAGCGACGGCGGCGGCGGCGGCCCGAGGCGGGGCGGUGAGCGCGGAGCAGCCCGGGCGCGGGGCCAUGCGGAGCGGGCGCUGGUGGCUGGUGCUGGCGGCGCUGGGCUGGCUGCUGCCGGCGGGGGCGGCGGCGAGCGGCGAGUACUGCCACGGCUGGCUGGACGCGCAGGGCGCCUGGCGGGACGGCUUCCAGUGCCCCGAGCGCUUCGACGGCGGCGACGCCACCAUCUGCUGCGGCAGCUGCGCCCUGCGCUACUGCUGCUCCAGCGCCGAGGCCAGGCUGGACCAGGGCGUGUGCGACAACGACCGGCGGCAGGGCGGCGCCGAGCACGGCCGGCCCGACAAGGACGGCGCGGACGGCGCGGCAGUGCCCAUCUAUGUGCCGUUCCUCAUAGUUGGAUCUGUUUUUGUUGCCUUUAUCAUCUUGGGAUCUCUAGUAGCAGCUUGCUGCUGCAGAUGCUUGCGACCCAAGCAGGAACCACAACAGAGCCGAGCUCCUGGUGGUAACCGGCUGAUGGAGACAAUUCCCAUGAUCCCAAGUGCCAGCACCUCCCGUGGUUCCUCUUCUCGUCAGUCAAGUACUGCUGCCAGCUCCAGUUCCAGUGCCAAUUCAGGUGCCAGGCCUCCCCCUACGAGGUCGCAGACCAACUGCUGUUUGCCAGAAGGGACCAUGAAUAAUGUAUAUGUCAACAUGCCCACUAAUUUCUCAGUACUAAACUGUCAGCAGGCUACCCAGAUUGUGCCGCACCAAGGGCAAUACUUGCACCCACAGUAUGUAGGUUAUGCUGUUCAACAUGACUCUAUGCCUCUAACCCCAGUGCCACCUUUUCUGGAUGGUCUACAAAGUGGAUACAGGCAGAUUCAAUCUCCUUAUCCUCCUACCAAUAGCGAACAGAAGAUGUACCCAGCAGUGACUGUGUAACUUCGAAAAAACAAACAGAUUUUGUUACCAAAACUGAGCAGAGGAGACAUACUUUUGGAAUGGAUCUUACAGAACAUUUGUAUAUAAUUUUGAAAGGCUCAUGCAUGUCAGACAGUGUUUAUAAACCAUCUCUUUUGAGUGGGUUCAGUUGCCAAAAACUGUAGGACAAUAUCUUCAAAGUAACGUUUCCAGAUACUUUCAUUCCAAUGCAUGAUUUACAGCGGCAAAGGAUUGUGCUGAAGAUGCAUAUGCAUUUCAGAUAAAACUGUGUGAGAGAGAGAUGCCUGAGCCAUUAAGUGCCCUUCAGGUAUGACAUGGUCAGAAGUAUUUGCCUAAUUCACAAAGAGUUUUGUCACAUUGUACAAGGCUGUAGUACUUAAGAAACCUUCCUUCUCUUCCUGUUUUCCAGCCCCUUAACAGCAUUUCACCGAUUGCUUCACAGACAAUCACAAUGACAAUGGAAGAUGAAACAGUGCAAUCAUUGUAAGUUAGUAGUUAGACCAAGUUCUGUCAUUUCUUAUGCACCAGAGAUUUGAGGUGAGAUGCUGCAUUAUGCUCAUCUUGUGAAAAACCAUUUUUGCUGUCCCUUAUAUUUAUGUAGGAAUUGGAGCUGAAUGUUUUGCAGAUUUCUAACUUGGAAACCAUUCUUGAUUUGACUUCGACUUACCUUCAAGAACCAGUAGUCGUUUGCACAAACUUUGUUGAUCUCUGAACUUUUAAUAAAAACUGGAUAGAAGGGUUUUGCUCUUACUGGCAUGUCAGCAAAACCUUUGAUCUUGCUGUCAUCCUAUUCAUUUCAAGUUUGAACUGUGUUUGCAGAGAAAGGUCAUGUUGUAUCUUCAAAUAUGACCAGAAAUCCCACUUCCUGUGAAACAGUAAACCUGUGUGAAUGUGCACAAACUGGCCAAACCCAGGUUUUGCUGUGGGUUUGUAAUUCAAUUCAACCAUGAGGGAAUGGGAUUUAUUCUCACCCAAAUCUCUCUGAAUUGCCAACCAGUUCUGUUGCUGAAAAACAGUCGCUCCAAGCUCAACUUGGGAGGGUUUGCACAGCUAGAACUGAAGGCAGUUUUCAGAUAGACCUUUUUUUUUUUUUUGUAUUGAAAGUACAAACAAAAGAACCCCCUCCAAACAUUCACUAAAUUCUAACAGCUCUUCAUGUUGUAUAACUUCAGGAUAAAUAAAAUACAAUUUUAGCAUGAUAUAAAAAUCUUUGGGAGUAGUUUAAAUCCUCAAGAAGGUAGCCAGUUGCAGAGUGUGACUUUGCACUAAAGCUAUUGAUUAUUCCAUUUGUAAUAAAACAGAUAAGUUUCUCCUGAGUUGAAAGAAACAACAAAUACAAAAAGUAGUAACAUGCAUUUCAUGAUUCUUUAAAACAAUUCAACAAUAAGUCUAAAAUAAUCUGUGCAUAACAAUCACUUCCUUAUACAUAUUUGGAAUCACACUGGUAGAGAGGACAUACAGGAAAAUACUGUAACCCAGACUAGAGUUUAUAAAAAAAAAAAAAAAAAGUUUCUUAUUGUCUAAUGCUGUAUCUGUAUCAGUAUGUAGCAAUAAAUGGGAUAUUAACAUUUUGUUUGACAAUUAUUUAUAAAUGUGCCCCCCCACACACUUUUUUUUUUUUUACAAAAUAAAGAGAUGUUCUUGACCACUGACAUAGGAAAAUAUCUUAACAAUAGCACAGUAAGCUUAGCCUUUAUAAAAGGUUGACUUUCUUUUGAUGAGAAAAGAUUAGGUGUGAUCUUGGGAAGUGCAGAGCACCUCCUGCUAAACUCUUGAGGUGUAAAUUAUGAAAAAGAUUUAGGUAGAGCUCUAUUCAGUAUUGCAAGGCCUGUAGAGCAGAUUUUUUUAAAGUAUUUAGGCUCCUAAAGAUCCAAAUAAACACCUACUGGGAUUUUUAAAACAUCAUUGAUAUCUAACUCCUAUUCUUAAAUAGAGUUAGGCGCUCAGAUGAUUUUUAAAAGUCCCUAGGUAACAAGAUUUAGUCACACGUCUACACGUGCAUUAAGGUGCUUUUCCUAAUGCUCAUUAAGUUUAGUACCUCAGAUGUAAGGUACUAAAUAAAUGCACAUUAGGCUGCCUUAAUGCACAGUACUGAGAGCGCAUUUUUUCUAAGUGACACUUAAUGCACAGUAAUCGAUUUUACUGUACAUUAGCAUAAUUACACUUUUUUUUACAUGACACUUUAAUGUGCAGUAAAAUAGGCUACUGUACAUUAAAGCAUACCUGUAGACAUGCCCUUUGCCAGUUAGCUCACUUUGGCCUUGCAAUGAUGAAUGCAGCAGCAUUUACAUACCUCUAAAAAUCUGAGCCUGAAUCAUUGUAAGUUAGCCUUCAAGUACUGUUGACUUAAAAAAAAAAAAAAAAAAAAAAAAAAAAUUUCCUUUUUUUUAAAUCAGGACUAGCGUUUCUUAUCGGAAGACAGGCUCAUAAAGUGAUGUUAGUUUCUUCAACUGUGAAUAAUGUUAGCUCUCUCUUUCUCCCAGAAUGCACUGCAUUCAUUGCACAUGCCCUGUAAAGACACCUUCUCUGACUUACAAAAUUCAGGUGAAUCUCUUUGUACAUUGUUUACUUGUUAAAAAUAUGAAUAAGUUAAAUUUAUGUAUGUAGAAAGUAACUGACAGCUGAAGGGGGGAAGGGACCCGGAGUUGUAAUAAAAAGAAGUUUGUGAAAUGUGAUGUUUUAUAUGUCAUGUAUAAUGUAAAACCAAUGUUAACAUUUGAUAUAGUUUUUAAACCUCUGAAAGGGCACUCAACUUAAAGUGUUUCUUACAAGUGAAGAAAAAAACCCUCUUGUUUCUUAAUAAAUAUUUUAUGGUGUGA